AUGAAGCACCAAGUCAUUGCGUUUGCAGUGUUUGGCGGCUUCGUCAAUGCUGCCCGUGCCAUCGAGCAUGCGGAGCCGGUAUCAGCGUCAUGGUGCGUCACCUACCUGUCGACCUACCUUGCUCCCAUCGGCACUGCCGAUGCAGCUCCGAACUCGUCAGCUUUGGACUCGUUGGCUCCUGUUCUGAGUUCCCCAACGCUCAACAUUGUAUCAGAGCUUUUCUCGACAACCGAUAUCGCAACCGCUCCUGGGAGACAAUCUACAGGCUCUGGACAGUCGUCAAUACCUUCUGGUGUCACAGUCUCUGACCGUUCCUCGUCUCCCAUUAUCUCAGCAUCUGACCUCCCAUCAGCGACUUCCGACACUCCAUCAUCGGAAACCUCUACAGGACCUGGACUAUCUGGUCAACAAGUCAUAUUCCUCAUCACACCAACGGGAGACGUCUCGAAGCGAGAGCUUAGAGGAUUCGUGGGCAACGGUAACCCUCAAGUCUGUACUUUUGCCAGCAUCUUCACUCUAGGCUCGGGUCCUGGUUCGGGCGAGCUUUUUGACGGAGAUUUCCCUCUUUACUACCAAGGCAAGGGCAACCAGGUGUUCCAGGCACUCGGAUCGCCUCCAAAUGGUGCCAUCACGAGGACCUUUGCCAACGAAGGGGGCACUCUUCAAUUCAAGAACCCCUCUUUACCCAAUGGCCAGGCAACGUUUUGUCAAGAUUUCUCCAGCGGCCUGGUGUACAUGGUCUUUACCUCGGGGCCACCAAACUGUUCACCGGUGCAGCUGAGUGUCUAUGGAGUCGAGAAAUGCGUUGACGGUAGACUCAUCGGCUUUGAUGAAUCUAGUUCUACUAGCUCUCAGGCAACUCAGCCUGACAGUAUCUCUGUUGUGGAUCUGGAAGAGGAGACGGGAACAUCGACCCUCCCUCCUACCUCAGAUACGUCACUGAUCACGGGCACGUCGUCGAUGAGCAAAACGGCCCCUACGACAAAGACCAAGGAUCCCCUUUCAGGCACUACGGACCCAACAGAAUCUGCUUCAAAGAAGUCUACACUUGCUGAGUCCUCUGGGGCUUCCUCUCUUGGUGCAUCUCUAGAGCAAUCGUCUUCCCUUCCAACCCCACCCGAGGGAACUUCUUCACAGGCCGAGGUGUCGCCUCUGUAUUCAACCGCAUCGUCAGAGACAGAAGCAACAAUCGCUUCCUCAUGGAUCGAUGUACCUAGCAGUGCGCUCAUCGAGUCCUCCACGCUAGGCGAGCCGCCAUCAUCGGCCGAGUCCUUGCUGUCGACCGAGUCCCUAGAUUCAACUGAAGCUCCAACGCCAACUGAGCCACUGAUGUCAACCGAGUCACUACUGUCGAGUGAACUACCAACAUUAUCUGAGACUGAGUCCAUCGAGUCGCAAACGUCAGCCGAGUUGUCAACGUCGAGUGAGUCCUUGGAGUCCAGUGAUUCACUGGUAUCGGCGGAACCGCCGACAUCAAGCCAGUCACCAACGACGAGCGAUUUACCAACCACCAUCGUCGACGAACCUUUCGUGAUCACAAACUCAUUCCCCGGUGGCAGAUUCUCAGAUGGCCUUGGCGACUUGGAAAUCUCGGGUGAUGUCACCCACCAUAUUGGAGGGUGCUUCAAGGAUGAUGGUAGCCCUGACGAUGGAUGUGCUGCCAUGAGAGCAAACGGCGGCGGAACGGCCCAGCCGAUCAAGGUAAAACGAGGCUUGGACACAUUCGCAGGCAUGUCAACGUGGCUAGGGUUCCUCCGCCCCAGCACAAAGGUUCUCUACACGGUCCAGUUUUACUACGCCGUCAUCAGCUACGGAGGAGGCUGGAACAUGUGCACCGUCGAGGCAUGGCUCGGUAACCGCUACUUCUACUUCAACGACCACUUCGUCAUGGGCAACAGCGUCAGAUGGACGAGAGUCCUCACGUCCGUCAUGGCUGACUCUACCCGAGCCAACUUUGGCAUCUGGAUGGAUUGCUGGGGCACUGGGUAUGCCGAGCUCUACGUCGACUCGAUUUUCAUCUCGAACCAGGUCACACCUCAGAACAUUGACCGAUUCCAGCUGAAUUUUGAGGAUAGCCCCAACAACCCUUCACCUAGCAGCACCAGGAGGAGCUCUAGUUCUAGUUCUACGUCCAGAUCUAGCUCUAGAUCUCUUUCUACUCCCUCUACCCCUGGGUGGUCUCAGCCCGGACUCACAUCUCGAUCUACUCUUCCUACUCCUAGUUUGUCUCAACCUCGUUCUACUCCUUCUACCCCUGGCUGGAUGCCUACGGUCAGCUCGGAUCAAGAGCCACCUGUCACCCCCAGCAAGAGAAGCAGUAGCACUAUCAAUUCUCUUGUCAUGGAGUCUGAGCACACACUUCUCUACACCCCUACAGAAAGCUGGAACACACCUAUAUACAGUGGGCGCACACACAAUAGCUCUUCCUCCCUCGCUCACAGCUGGAAUACCCCCAUCAACAGCCCGUCCACCCCUGGUACCCCUGUCGCUAGCUGGCACACACCUACGAGGAAUCCUGCCUCUCCUACUACUGGACAGCCCCCCAGGACAGCGAUUGCCUCACAGCCUGUCUGCCCGGAUGGCUGGCGCUUUCCAGGUCACUGCGGCCAAACAUGGCCCACACCUACGAGGCCCAUCUGCGAACGACGCGGAUGGCCUGAAGCACGUUAUUACGAAUACACUCUCGAGGACAAGCCUCUCCAAGGCCUCGACAUUCAAAGGUGUGCUAUCACGUGCGCCUACAUGGAUGACUGCUUCUCCUUUUCAGUGAACCCAUACAGUCCCAGCAGGCCGUGUAUCUUCCUGAAGCAGCGCUUGGGCGAGGUUCCGUUCCCGGAGCCGACUCCUGGAUAUGAUGAUCAUCUAAUCUGGUCUGAUCUUGAAUGCUUCAACUGUUUCCUGUGCGGCGAGAUGCCGAGCUCGAGCUUGUGGCUUCCUAAUCCAAGUACGCUUGACGGAGGGGGUCACUCAACACCAACAACCCCUCGGGGCCCAGCGACGAGUGACCAAGGAGGGCAUCACACACCUGGGCCGGGACAGAAUUCAUUAACUAAUGACGACUGGGAACAUUCCACUCCCACGGCCUCUCGACGUCCAACCACCACUUCGCAAGCUCCCGAGUCCUCUACAAGUACUUGCCGGUACACACACGGCGAGUUGUGCCAGUUCAGCUACAAGAGCGACCUACUCUGCUCCUACGCUGCCAAAUACACUGGAGAAACAUGGACCGAGAGUCGAAAUAACUACCCCCAUCAAGACCGCUGGGAACAGUGCGCUGCCAUCUGCCAAACCCUCGAGGGCUGUCAGUCGGCAGGUUACUACAUGGUCGAGAACCGCUGCCUCUUCACGGGCGCCACUCUCACCAUAUCAGACAUGAUCAUCUAUGAUGACGACCCCUGGAAGCACUCGAUCUGGACGGACAAGCGCUGCUGGACCUGCCCAGACUGCAUCCCAGAGUCGGUCCCCAUCAUACCCAGCACCUUCUGCUCCUACACCACAGGUGACAGCUGCAACCGGGUCGGGGUCUCGGAAGAUAUAAUCUGCAACCUGCCUGCUUACAUGCCCGGCGGGUACUGGACAGGAGAUCAGUGGGCCAACCAAUACCCGUUGCAGCUGCAGGGGUCAAACGAGGAGUGCGCCGCCAUCUGCAGGGCGAUACAAGAUUGCAAGGGCUCAGGUUGGAAGGAUGGCCUCUGCAUGCUUUCAGCGUUCAAACUCUCCCUGAAUCCAGAUGAUCCCGUCCCUCUGCAGACUGACAAUCCGUCCCUGUUCAAUGCCGUGUGGGAUGACCCGGCAUGCUUCAACUGCCCAGGGUGUUACCAGGGAGAUGAGUAG